AUGGAUACGAUCCACAAAAUGGGCAACUACAGUUUCCGUUGGACGGACCUUCACCUAUCGAGAGCAACGACCGAUCCGCUACGAUACGAGUACGACGUCCUCGGAAGCCGCACUGUCACGAAACUACAAGGCAUAGAGCAAGCUAACGCGGGACUAUCACAAGAUGGAAAGAAAAGACUCGACAUGUACACCCUUCUCAGGGAGAACUGGAAGACGGACGAAGUUAUAACGUCUUUCUGGGAGGAAGUACACACUGUUCCUAGCUGGGUAGACUGGGCGCAGCUCGAGCGAGGACAAAAGUUCUUCUAUCGCUAUGCGACCGCCAACCUCAUGGGGUUCGCUCUGCAAGGCUUCAUGGGCGAGAACUCUUCUGCUUCGGGCGUUGUUGAGGUCUUGGUUAGAACUGGCGGGUUUUCCACGAGAGUGCUCCCGCGACGUUUGCUCGAGACUUUUCAAUUUAUCCUUCAGGUUACCAAGUCAGUCGGCGACAUCAAGCCCGGAGGAAACGCUCAUACCGCAGCAAUCCGAGUUCGCCUACUACAUUCAGCUGUUCGAGAGCGCAUUCUUUCUCUGGCCGGCAGCCGCUCUGACUACUAUGACGUUGAGAAACAUGGCAUCCCUCUGAAUACGUUGGACUCUAUCCACUCCAUUUCCACAUUCUGCUGUAAUCACAUGUGGCUACAGCUCCCAUUCAUGGGCGUGUACCCGCAGAAGCAGGAAAUACAAGACUACAUUGCCCUGUGGCGAUACAUUGGCUACCUACUAGGUACGCCCACGAGCUACUUCUCUUCUGUACCGAGGGCGAAAGCAACAAUGGAAAGUAUGCUUCUGCACGAGCGGGUAUUAUCACCGACAUCCUUUGUUGUCGCGUACAACUUCGUACAGAGUAUCAGGGAUCUGGCCCCGAUGAACAUAUCCACGGGCUUCAUCGAGGCAGGGAGCAGAGUACUAAAUGGGGACCAAUUCUGUGACAGUCUCGGACUCGGCCGGCCGGGACUCAUGCACUAUGCCUGUUUCCAGGGGCACUGCUGGCUCGUGCAAUUUCUUGCCGUUGUACAACGGCUUAUCCCGAGAUUCGAUCAUGCCGUCGUGGAAUAUUCAAAGAAGAUGUUACAUCGAGGGAUUAUUGAACGCGGACUGGGGGGCGAGUCCAAGUUUAACUUCAAGUAUGUGCCACGGGUGGGCAAACUGACAGGCACGGAAGGGUCUGUGAAGACUAUGCAAAUGGGUUUCUUUAAUAGACCAUUGGAGAGUGUUUACUUUUUCGUGUUUCUCAUUGAAUGCCUUCUCAUUGCAGGAACUGCCUUCUUGGCGGUAUAUGGAGUCCAUAGGUUUCUAAUUUAA